CGUCAUCACAGCGCGCCGGAAGGAGAGAGGUUGAUGGCUUGGCUGGAGAUUUGAGCUAAGCCUAGGGACAUGAUAAAGUGAAAAUGACUUCCUUAGUUGUCCCAGUGAUUGACGUCCAUAAUGAGAACUUUAGUGAACUUUGGCCUUCUAUGUUACUGGCCUUAAAAACCUCUACUUUCAUAGCUUUGGAUACGGAACUGAGUGGCCUGGGAGCCAGGAAAAGCCUUUUGAACCCGUGUGUAGAGGAGAGAUAUAAAGCAAUAUGCAGUGCAGCCAGGACACGUUCUAUUUUAUCUUUGGGCAUUGCCUGCUUCAAAGAGCUACCGGAAAACGGAGAGAACGCAUAUUUAUCCCAAAUCUUUAACCUGACCCUGCUGUGCACGGAGGAUUACAUCAUAGAGCCACAGUCUGUGCAGUUCCUGGUUCAGCAUGGCUUUGAUUUCAACAAACAAUACUCACAGGGCAUCCCUUAUUACAAGGGCAAUGACAAGGGGAACGAGCACGACGAGAUGAGCGUCCGCACUUUCUUCCUGGAGCUUCUUCGUGCCAAGAAGCCAUUAAUCCUGCACAACGGGCUCAUAGACCUGGCCUUCCUUUAUCAAUGCUUCUAUGCUCAGCUCCCCGAUAAUCUGGGAAACUUUAUUGCCGACCUCUCAGAAAUGUUCCCAGCGGGGAUCUACGAUACAAAGUACGCCUCUGAAUUUGAGAUUCGAAUUACAGCAUCCUACCUUGAGUAUGCUUACAAAAAAUGUAAGCGCGAGAAUAGACGAUUAAUGGAUUCCAAUGGCAAGCACAUGGCUAUUGAGUUUUGUAACUACCCUCCUUCAAUGUCAACGUUUGUGGAUUACCGACACUGUUCUCUGCCAGAGUCCAACCAGGCCAACUCUGAGAACAUGCAACAUCAUGUUUGUGAGCAGUUUUCGGCUUAUGGCUGGUGUCCGAAUGGGCUGAAGUGUACACAGUCCCACAACAUUGAUCUUAUUAUUGAUGAAGAUGAAAAAUUCAAAGACAACAAAAAGAAGAGAAACAGAAGGAAGAGGAAAAAGAAUGUGGAACAGCAUCCUGUGGAAGAGACAAAGAUGGCAGAGCAAAAUCCCCGCAUUGUAUGUGACGAGGAGCCCCCACUGAAGCAGAGCUGUGCACAUCCUGAGAGUCCCCAGACAGCUGCUGAGCAGAAAUGCCAAAUUGUGGAACAAUGUGAGCAGCCGAGAACCACAGAUAGCAGGAUGGAGGAAGAUCUUCCACCAGCUGCUAGUCCACAGGAACAAGUGAAGGACCACAUGGCCACAGAAAAGAGUCCUAUUGCAGUAGAGACUAGCAUGGCUCUGGCUGAUACUGGUUACAAUAAGGAAGUGUUUAAUGUUAAAAGCUCUACGCUAGGAAGCCAGGUGAAUAACGACAGUGGCACCCACCGGGCUGGUUUUGAUGCCUUUAUGACUGGCUAUAUUAUGGGGUAUGUCUGGAUGCUGAAGAAAGAACCAGGUUCUAAUUCCCCCACUUCCUGCUGUCUCCCGGAUUGUCACAAUAAGGUUUAUCUGAGUGGGAAGAAUGUGCCUCUUCAGAUAGUAAAGAGCAUCUUUUCUAAGUCUUCCAGAGCCCACAUUCAGAAGAUGAGACUUGUCUGCUUUAACAGUUCAUAACAGGCAAUCUUUUCUUUUAAAUCAAAUCACGGUUGUUUUAUUCUGUUAUUAUAAAGGCAAAAAAUCCUAAACAUGGGGUUUUCCUUUAGUUAGCUUGAACAUGGGUAUCCUGUUCUCUAAGCAGUUUAUUUGUGCCAUUUGGCCUGAGUGAAUGGUGGUAACGAGUUACAUGUGGCACUUGUUAUAAUUUCUCUAAUUUGCACGGUAGCGGGAAGAAAGGGAUGUUUACAUCAAAUCAUUUCUGGGUUUUUGUGUGUUAUUACAGUGUACAAUGAUCUAAAUGUGGAUUAUUUAUUUUAAUUAUG